AUGGAUGCAGCCGACGACCUGGAUGAAGACGAGCUCCUGGACUGCGACGUUCAGAUGAUCAUUCAGGAGUCGUGUCAGAAGGAACACCUGUCGGGAUCAGGGAGGAGUGAAGCUCUGAAGCUUGUGGACGCCAUUGAACGAGGCGACAUGUUGGCGCUGCAGGAGCUCUGUGAUUUCCCAGCAGCCUUCAGUGCGGUGGAUGAGCGAGGCUGGUAUCCUCUGCACAGGGCGGCGGUGCAACCUCUGGCCACGGUCCUGGAGAGGGUGCUGUACGCGUCUUUCCGUCUGACUCUGGAGGAAAAGACUCUGGAGGGUGAGACCUUCCUGACUUUAGCAGUGAAAUCCAGUUUGGUGGAAAAUGUGAAGAUGCUGCUGGACCACGGAGCUUCUCCUCACACCACCAACAGCAAGAACGAGUCUCCUCUGCUUUUAGCGGUCAGAGCCGGAUCUCUUCAGACGGCUUCCUGUCUGAUAGCUGGAGGAGCUCGGGUGGAGCAGGUGUGCCUGAAGAAGUGGACGGCCAUGCACGAGGCCUCCAGGGCCGGAUGCGUCCACGUCGUGGAGCUCCUGCUGCAGAACGGAGGUCAGGUUUUGGAGACUGACCAGUACGGAGUGACUCCUCUGGGCAUCGCUGCAGAAUAUAGCCACGCUGAAGUCCUGGAGCUCCUCAUUAAACACGGUGCUGACGUAAACGCUCAGGCGCCGAAUGGCGACAGCGUCCUGUAUGAUGCCGCGGGUUCAGGGAAUCCAGACUGUGUCAACAUCCUGCUGCAGCACGGAGCAAACCCCAACAUCCACAACCUGAGCUCUCAGCUGCCCAUCCACCGAGCGGCGUACGAAGGACACUACCUAGCGUUGAGGAUCUUCAUCCCGAUCACCACUCGGCGGGCUCUGCGGCUGUCCGGCCACAGCCCCGUCCACUCAGCUGCUGACGGGGGCCACGCUCACUGCCUGGAGCUCCUGCUGCAGAAAGGCUUCGACGUGAACGCGCUGUUAGCCCCUCACAUCUCUGACAACUACGGGGACAUGAGGAGAAGCCCGCUGUACUUCGCUGUCUCCAAUGGGGACGCGACCUGUACCGAGAUACUGCUGAAGGCGGGAGCCAAACCCGACCUGGACCCGCUGUGCUGCCUCCUGGUGGCGGUUCGGUCGGGACGCUACGAGAUAGUGAAGCUGCUGCUGGCGGCCAGAGCAGAUGUGAACUGUUACUUCACGGUGGUGAACGACACAGUAUUUCCCACGGCGCUGCAGUACUGCCUGAAGGACGAGGUGAUGAUGAGGCUGCUGCUCAACAACGGCUACAAUGCCGAAAAGUGUUUCUGUUGUAACCAUGACGACGACUGGGACGAGCUGAGCGAGUCUGAAUACUCACAGCAUCAGGAGGACAAAGUCGCUUUUUGUGACUUCGUCAGCGUCUCCUGGAUGGUGAACCUGGUGGGCCGAGUCGUGCCGAUCCUCCUGGAGUACGUUGGUCAGGUGUCUCUCUGCGGCAAACUGACCAAGAUCCUGGAGAAACACAAAGAGUGGCCUCACAUCCACAGGACCACACGCAACCCUCGCUCUCUGGCUCACCUGAGCAGAGUGGUGAUCCGGAAACACCUGAGCUGCAGCAGCCUCAUGUCCGUCCACCUGCCCAACAGGCUGAAGGACUACCUGCUGUUCAAAGACAACGACCUGUACUCCAAAAUCAUCUGCAGGGAGGAGUGA